AUGGCUUCUACCGAGAAACGCAAGCAGGUCCUGUUCGAUGACAGUGACGAUGAGUCCGAUGGCGGCGCGGAUCUGAAGAUCAAUGACGAAUACGCAAAACGGUUUAAACACAACAAGGAACGCGAGGAAUUGCACAGAUUGGAGGAGAAGUACAAAUCGAACAAGCCGAACGGGAACAACUCAAAAGAUGCCGAUGACGACGAUGAUGACUCGUCAUCUGACGAGACAGAAGAUGAGAAUGGCUUUCUAGCGACCGCCGAGCUCGAUUCCCAGAUAUCCGCCACGCUACAGGCUAUCAAGGCCAAGGAUCCCAGAGUCUAUGAUGGAAAGACUACUUUCUACGCCCCUGUCGACGAAGACGCCGAUGCCACCGCUACCACCUCGAAACCGAAGAAAGAGAAGCCUGUGUACUUGCAAGACUACCACCGUGAAAAGAUCUUGCGCGGUGACAUUGGAGCCGACGAUGAUGACCAGGAAGAGCCAGCGCCGACAUUUGCUCAGGAGCAGGACAGCCUGAAGAAGUCAAUACAGGACGAGAUCCGAGCGCAACUUAAAGGCGCGGGCGAGGACGAAGAAAGCGACAGCGACGGAGACUUCAUCAAGGCCAAAGAGGAGACGCGAGUCAUCCCCGCAAACAGCAUACAUCCAUCCCGAGCUCAGAAGGUCAAGGUUGCAAAGCCCGACAUCGCCAUUGCGGACAAGGAUCCUGAACUAUACCUGUCCAACUUUCUGGCAUCUCGCGCUUGGGCGGAAGGAGACGACAGCGGCUGGCAGGCGUUCGAGUCUGAUGAAGACGAAGACGAAAAGGCUGAUCAGUGGGAGGCUGCAUACAACCUGCGGUUUGAGGACCCAAGCAAGAGUAACGAGGUUCUCAAAUCAUACGCCCGUGAUGUCGUGGCGGCGCGCUCUGUCAGGCGAGAGGACAAGAGUGGCCGGAAACGCCAGCGAGAGCUGGAGCGAGAGGCGAAAGAGGCAGAGAAGCGAGAACGUAAGGAAGAGAGAGCAAGGUUACGACGACUUAAGGCCGACGAAGCAGAGAACAAGCUGCAGAAGAUCAAGAAAGCUGCCGGAAUUCGUGGACAAGACUUGAAGGAUGAGGAUUGGCAAAAAUUUCUUCAAGAUGCUUGGGAGAACGACAAGUGGGAAGAAGAGAUGAACAAGACGUUCAACGAUCAAUACUAUGCCCAAGCCGAGGCUGGAUCGGAGGAUGAUGAGGAUGAUGGAACUGAUGAUGGCUCCAAAAAGCCGAAAAAGGUCAAGAAGCCGAAGUGGGAUGAUGAUGUCGACAUCAAGGAUCUGGUGCCAGAUUUCGAAGAGGAGGAGCGCCCCAAUAUCACACUUACAGAUAUUGAUGAGAAUGAUGGAGAGGAUGACGAUGAGGACGGAGAAGACGACGAUGGUCCAGCUGCUAAGCGACAGAAGACUACUAAAGAUCGCAAGAAGGAACGUCUCGCCAGCCAAAAAGCAGCACGUCAAGAGCGUGCCAAGCUCGAGGCGCUGGUCGACGCGCGCAUGGAUAUCGACGAGCCUGAGGUCCUCGCCGGCAGCUCCUCGUCCAAGAAAACCCAAGGCGGGUCGCGCUUCAUGUACCGCGACACGAGGCCCGAGUCGUUCGGCCUGACGACAAAUGACAUCCUCAUGGCGUCCGACGCGGACCUCAACACCUUCGCGGGGCUGAAGAAGCUCGCCCACUUCCGCGACCCGGAAAAGCUGUCCAAGGACCGCAAGAAGCUGGGCAAGAAGGCCCGCCUGCGGCAGUGGCGCAAGGACACCUUCGGCCCCGAGUUUGAGCGCGAGCCCCCGGCCUUCCACCCCGGGGGUUCUGGGCCUGGGGAGUCUUCGAAGCCGAAUGAUUCUGCUGAAGAUAGCAAUAUCGUCGAGGGCGGCUCCAAGAAGAAGCGCAAGCGCUCACGGAACAAGAAGAGCAAGGGCGCAGAAGCCGAGGCUGGUGCUGCUUGA